AUGCACAUCUACCUGUGCCAGCAGGUAUCCACCGAGCUGGAUUGGGGUUACGCCCACGAUCACCCCGGCGCGGCGUACCUCGGCUCCACGACGCCCGAUAUUCGCGCCAUGACCAAGUGGGACCGUGCCCGCACCCAUUUCUCCGACCUGUCAGUCACCCACGUUGGCGCCGGCGUCCAGCGGAUGUUCGAGUUGCACCCUCAUCUGGCCGGCUCCGAUAACGGAUUGUCCCCCCACACCAGGUCGUUCCUCCUCGGCUACGUGAGCCAUUUGGUCGCCGACGAAAUGUGGAUCACCACCAUGUUUCGCCCCCACUUCGCUCCCGAUAGCCGCGUCACCGACACCGACAUCGAGGCGCACAUCUGGGAUCGCGCGCUCCAGUUGGACAUGGACCGGGCGGUUCUCGACGGCAAUGCUCACCUCGUGAUCGAGAAUGAUGCCAUCGCCGCGGUCGACCGGAUGCCGGCCUUGGAGUUCCUUGAGGACGAGCUGAUCGACGAGUGGCGGAGUUGGGUGGCUCGAUUGCUCGGUUGGGACUUCACCUGGGAGCGCCUCAAGCGCGCCCUCAACCGCAUGUACCGCGACAAUGACGAAGUCCAGCAGGUUGUGGACGGAUUCCUGGAGCAUAUGCCCCAGAGCCUGGAGCGCGUGUACGAACGCGUCCCCCGUGAUCUCAUCGACACCUACCGCCAACGGGUCAUCGACGAAACCAAGACCCAGGCCCGGGAGUAUCUCAGUGCGACUUAA